AUGGCAGAACUGCAGGCUGAGCCCUGCAGCCUCACUGAUGAGGCCGUCCUCAGUUACUGCUGUAACAGGGACCUGAGCACCAAGGAUUUUCUGUCACAGCAGACCAUGCUGAGAAGUCAGGAUCUUACAAAGUCUUUGGAUUUUUAUACUCAAGUCCUCAGAGUGUCGUUACUCCAAAAAUUCCAUUUUCCUACUGUGAAAUUUUCACUUUAUUUCUUGGCUUAUGAAGAUAAAAAUGAUAUUCCCCAAAAUGAGGAUGAAAAAGUAGCAUGGGUAUUCUCCAGAAAAGCCACACUUGAACUGACACACAAUUGGAGUAUUGAAGAUGAUAAGACCCAGAAUUACCACAAUGACAGUUCAGACCCUCGAGGAUUUGGUAACGCUGGAAUUGCUGUCCUGGAUGUACAUGGUGCUUGUGCAAGAUUUGAACAGUUAGGCGUCAAAUUUGUCAAGAAAUCUGAUGAUGGAUUUAUUUAAGAUCCUGAUGGCUACUGGGUUAAAAUUUUGAAUCCUAACAGAAUGGCAACUAUUAUUUAG